UUACCUCUUUCAACUUUCGAGUUAAGCUACAGGAGUAUGCCACCAGAUUUGAGGCUAUGCUUUGCUUAUUAUUGUAAAAUCUUCCCAAACGGCCACAAUAUAGUGAAAGAAGACCUGGUUCAUCAAUGGAUUGCUCUCCACCUCAUUGAGCCAUCUGAAAUAUUGUCUGCAACACAGAUAGCUGAGGAGCAUAUUACCAGGCUUCUGGACAUGUCAUUCCUUCAAACUACAAAGCCUGAACCAGUGCAAAGGACGAUAAGGGUGGGAUCUUGUUCACUAUGCACGAUUUGGUGCAUGACUUCGCGAGAGGGUUCCUAGUAUGUUCAAACUACAGUCUAGCCAUCAACCACCAUGGGGAACUUGAUGAUAGGUAUGCUGCAGAUCAAAGAGCGCUGCGUUGUGUAGGCUGUAGCAAAGUGGAGUUUAACAAUGACUCAUUUUCACGUAAGAAGUGCCUACGUGUCCUGGAACUAAAGGAGAGCUCCGUGCGGAAGCUACCAGACUCCAUCUGUCAACUGAGGCACCUGGGUUAUCUUAAGAUAUCAGAAUUCACUGGACUGGUAACUCUGCCCGAGUCAUUUGGGCAUCUGAAAAAUCUGUUCCACGUCGACUUAUCAAGAUGCUCCGGGCUACUAAACCUACCAGAGUCAUUUGGAAAGCUAAUCCGUUUAGUAAAUGCCAACUUGUCAGGCUGCUCUGAACUACUAAACCUACCUGAAUCAGUUGGGAAGCUUGUCAAUCUGGUGCACAUUAAUUUGUCAGGCUGCUCUGGGCUUGCAACUCUUCCUGAAUCAUUUGGGGAUCUCAUAAACUUGUCUCAUGUUAAUGUAUCACGGUGCCAUGGACUAGCGGAGCUUCCAGAACCACUCCAGAAGCUCGGCAAACUGGCACACCUGGAUUUAUCAUUCUGGUCUUGUUUUGAAGGGAUCGGGAAAAGCCUUGGUGGCCUCACUAGUCUUGAGCAUUUGAACUUAUCACACCCUUGCUGUCAUCUUGCUCGGCACCGGUCUUGUGUCCAAGGGCUAAAAGAUGGUUUGUGCAAGCUCACCAACCUCCGAUAUCUAAACUUGUCCAUGUGCCUGAAUUCCAUCUUUUACUACCAUCAGUCACAAGUGGACAACCUCCAAUACAUUGGAGACUGUCUCAGAGGUCUUUCCAGUCUAGAGCAUUUGGACCUGUCUCAUAACACAUUUCUUUUUGAUCUGCCUGAAAGUCUAGGUGACCUCAACAGGCUACACACACUGGAUCUCUCAGGCUGCAUCAGAAUCAAGAAAGUAGGUGAAACGAAGUCUCUCAAGGUUAUAACAGAUUUAAGCAAAUGCCGGGGUCUAGAAAGUUGCCAGCUUAUGGUUCGUGUUGAGGAAGGGGCAUACGGAAGCACGAGCAACCUUGCUCAGCUCGAGGUUGUGGACUGUAAAGAGUUGGAGAUAAGCUGCCUUGAGAGGCUGAAGUCUUUGGAGGAAGCGCGGAGGAUAACAUUAGUUCAGAAACAAAAGGUUGAAAGGUUGAAGCUUUGUUGGACUGUUGGUGCCCCUGGAGGAUCUAUAAAAGUGGAGGAAAAUGCUUUGUUAGGAGAACUAGUGCCACCACAUUCUCUGCAGUGCCUCGAGAUAUGUGGCUAUGGCGGCGAAACCUGCCUCCCUGCCUGGCGGAUACAAAGCAUAUCAUCUCAUCUUCCUAAUCUUACAGAGGUUACCAUGGAGGACUUCCCGAGGUGCAUUGAACUGCCGCUGCUGGGUCUAUUUCCAAACCUCCAGCGCCUUGUUCUCAGAAGGAUGGCCAGAAUCACAAGGAUCCAUGCCGGUGACCUGAGUGGAGGCAACAAAGAGGCAUUCACUCGACUCUCCAAAUUCACCAUAGAUGAUAUGGAGAACCUGAAAGAGUUUGAGUUUGCCGCUGUUGAUGAGCUGGCGAUUCAGAAAUGCCCCUUGUUGAGCUUUGGAUCUCUUCCACCCAGAGCUCAGAGGUUGUUGAUAUCAGACUGCAACCAAGUGAUGUCUCAAUCGAUAGCAGGAAUAGAUGGUGUGGAGGGUCCUUCGGCUCCAGUAACUGAACUGGUCGUCCAAAGUUGUAAUGUGCCUCUAGGUGACUGGACUUUGCUCCGACACCUCCCUGGACUCUGCAGCUUGACUAUCAACAACUGCUACAAUCUAACCAGCUCACCAGAGAUUACUAGGGCCCUAUCCUCUCUCCAGCAACUUGCGAUCGACGAGUGCCAUGGCAUUCAAUCUUUGCCGGAGGACAUGUUAGCCAAGCUCACUGGCCUCAAAGCUCUGUAUAUUUGGAACUGUCCUGAGCUGAAGAAGUGGUGUGAAUCAGAGGAGAACAGACAGAAGCUCGCUCACAUCCAAGUAAAAUUUGAGAAAUUUGAUACCAGCAAGACUGGCGUGCAUCCUCCGAAAUAUAAAGAAGCGUCUCAGUUCUUGAUUUCUGAGCACUAGCCGCUGGAACAGCACUGCAAGGCCGGCGGCAUUACCUUACUGGAUCGUGAUGAUGAAUGAAAACUCUGCACCGGAAGGCCAAUUUUUCAUCCGAGUAAUUUAGUUUAUGUCCAUCCGCAGACACUUCUGUCCGCAGAAGCAUGAUUUCAGACACACUUUGUUUUUAUGUUUCCAUCUAGUACAUUUUGAUCAUCAGAUCGGUGUUGUGCUUAUAUGCUGCAUAUCUGUUGCUUCAUGCAAGUCUGACAGACAGAUUAAAUUCUGAGAACAUUUUAUUCCGCUUCAAGUUCUGUUUAUAGUCGUUGAUAUUUA